AUGGCUGAAAAUGGGUUGGGGUCGGAUGCUGGAUCUCAAGAAUACCUUGCAGCUGACGUUAUUAAUUUAGAUAUUGAAGAGUUAGACAACACAGAAUAUGCUAUUCCAGCUGUGGAAGAAUUACCCUCGUUAGAAAGUAUAUUAACAGAGCCUGACUGUGCAUCGUUAUCUGGAACAGAGGAUGAGUUUGGUUUAACACUAGGUGAAAAAUUAGGAAGUAGUGAAACAACAAGUGUGGGAAGCCAUUUAUCAUUAAAUUCUUUAAACAAAUCGAACAAAACUUCACAACCAACAUCUUCUGGUGCUAUUUUGAGACAUGUGAUAUUAAAAGGGAUAUCAUCACAAAUUGUGUCAGCUAGUGAGAAAGUCAAUGCUGGUUUAGCAAGUGCAGUUGCUGCUGCAGGAAAUAUGUUAGUAGUUGGUACUAGUCAUGGUUUGGUAUUGGGCUUUGACUCUUCACAGACUUUAAGAUGGUGUGAUCAGGAAGCAAGACAUCAGGGAUCUGUGUCUGCACUAUGUUUUAAUUAUGAUGGAAGCAGGGUACUAGUUGGUUUUGCUAGAGGUCAUAUAUUAAUGAUAGAUAGUUCUAAUGGGAAAGUAUUAAGGACACUCACUGAUGUUCAUCCCCUUGACACAGCUGUGUUACAUGUUAAAUUCACAGAUUCACCAAAAGUAGCAUUAUGUAGUGACAGUGGUGGGUCCGUUUUCGAGUUAAACUUUACAAGAGUUAUGGGAGUAAGAGGCUGUGAUAGCAGGUGUUUAUUUAGUGGAUCUAGAGGUGAAGUGUGUACAUUGGAACCUCUAUUGUUAAAUCAUCUGCCAUCACAUCCCCUGAAAAAUUAUACUUUAGUAGCAAUGGCAACAUUAUCAAAGGUAAUAGUAGUUUGCAUAAGACCACGAAUGCGUGUUGUGUUGACUCAUCCUUUAUCUGGUGCUCCUAUAGCACCACCACAAUUAUCUUGGCAGCUUGUUGUUAUACAAGCAGCAGAUGCUUCUCGUGUAAUCGAUCCCGUUUUGGCUCUUGCAAGAGACGAUGUGGUUCACUUUUAUCAAGUAUGUACCGAAGCUAGUUCAAGAGUAAAAUUAUCUCCCUUAAGAAGGAUGACCCUUCCAUACACAAUAAGUAACUUGCGAUGGUUAAAUCCAAGGUCAUUGGCAGUAUUGGAUACUCAAGAAAGAUUACAUUUAUUAGAUGUAAGAGCACAGGAUAAUUUGGAAACUUUAGAUAUGAGUCGCGUUGGCAUUUCAUAUGCAUCUAGCCACUUCAAAGGUCUGUCUACUGGUGGAAAUGUUUCAAAGGCUAUGGCAUUGGCUGGUGAAAGAGCGUGUUAUAAUACUGUAGUAACAUCUGGUACACAACUUUUAUUAUUAGGUACUAAAAGUUUACAUGUAGUUUGUAUACGGACAUGGACGGAACGAUUGAGACAUCUGACAAUGCAGAAAAGAUUUCCCGAAGCGUUAGCAUUAGGACUUUCUUUUUAUCAUGACAAAGGAAAAGCAGUUGUUGGUCUCCGUGGCUCGAAACAACGUCGUAAGCAAAUAGCUCGUGAUAAAGUAUGUCAAGUUUUGAUUCAAUACAUGGAAGAAUUGAAUCAUUGCCCUGCAGAUGAAAAUGCAGAGUUUGAAAUAGUCACAACUUGUGUAGAUUAUUGUAUACAAUUAGAAAAUACAGAUUUAUUAUUUGGAAAAUUAUGGGAUUUAGUUUCGGAAUCUGAGGGACUAAAGGCUAGUUAUUUACAUUCUCUCGAAAGUCCUUUAUUAGAUGGAAGUUUACGACCGCGAUUACCACCAUUAAUUGCUCAACAACUAGUUAUCCUUUAUGAUCAAGAGGACAAAGUAGAUUCACUUCAAGCAAUUAUAGUAUUAUUAGAUGUUGAUUGUUUGGAUAUCCAUCAGGUAACGACAAUUUGUCGCCAACGAGGUCUCUGGGAAGCUUUAAUACAUCUUCAAACGACGGCGUUAGGUGAUUUCACCGCUCCAAUUCAUCAAUUAGUGCCGAUUUUACAAAGUACAUUAACAAAUUCAAAGGAUUCGUUAACCCGAGAUAGUAUACAACUUGGCAAUGCACUUUUGGUGUAUACUAGUUGUUGUUUUGCCGGACGUGGUUUUCCUAGAGAUGAACUUCCUGAGGGCAUGUCUCAAAGAGCAAAAACAGAUGUACUAAGAGCGUUACUUUCGCAGCAUUCAAGUUUGGCUAAUGAUACAGAAAGGCAAUAUCCGUACUUAAGAACUUUGCUUCAGUUUGAUGCAAAAGGAUUUCUUGACGUGAUAGCUAUCGCUUUCCAAGAACCUGAAUUCACAUCUGAAAUGGGUCUCAGACAACGACAGAGACUCAUAGAUAUAUUAUUAAAUAUCGUUAUGCCUAGCACACCAUUAAGCCCAAGAAAUCCUGAUUACAUUACAGAUGAACAAAGAAAUCUAGUUCUUAUAUUUAUAGCUAAUGAAGUUGCAGAAAAUACUGUUAAUUUAGAACCUAGUAUGUUAAAUAAGAUAAUAGAAAUAUUGUGUACUGACUCAAGCAUGGGAUCAUCAAAAGAACUUAAGACUGAUAAAGAAAAUGCAAUACUGGGUUUGCUGCGUUCAAAAAAAUUACGGAAUAUAUCGGAUAGUGCAUUACUUAAUUUGGCAGAGAGAGCUAAUUUUAUGCGAGUUGCGGAGUUAUUAUACAGCGCGAGAGAAGAUUGGAUUGCAGUUUGCAAAUGUAUGAUAUUGCAUUCAUCUAGACAUCAUGACAUUUGGGUAUGGUUGAAACAUCUUUCCCCGAAUUAUUUGCAAACAGUUGUAAUGGCAAAUGCCGAAGCUCUAGUGGAAAUCAAUGCAAACCAAUUUGCUAUGCUUAUAGCAACACAUUUACAAAAUAAUGUUGCUGAGAUAUUGCAAAAACUAGAAAGUACUCCAAACCUACAAUAUGCUCUAUUAGAAGCUCUAUAUCAAAUAGUACAAUACAAAGAAGAAGAUAUCACGUUAGAGCUUACCACUGAAAUGUUAGAAAAAUAUUUAGAAUUAAUGUGUGAAUUACAGCCAGACCAUGUAAUUGAACAUAUUCAAGGAAUUCAUGGUUGUAGAUUGAAUGAAGCAUUACAGAUAGUUCAGAAAACACACCAUAAAGAUGCUGAAGCAGUAAUGUUAGAAAAAUUGGGAAAUUAUCAAGAUGCUUUUGAUAUUCUUAUAAAAGAAUUUCAAAAUAAUCUUGACUUGUACUGUCAAGACAAGGUUUCAGAAAAUGCACCAAUUCAUAGUGCAAUACAACUUGCGGGAAUAUGCAGACGGUCUGCUGGAAAUUUAGAUUGGAUGCCACUUAUAGAAACUAUUCUUAAAACACAUUCAAAUAUUAAUGAUGAAAAAGCUGAAAAAUUAAGUGGAAAACUAUUGAGGAUUGCAUUAGAAUUUCUUAGUGGUACAACAGCAUUAUCCACUGUAUUAGAACAAAUAUUAAAACAUCCAUUGGCAACAAGUGGAACGAUAGGCGAUAUAAGACAGUUACUAUCUGGAGUACUCACGCAUUCUCGAUAUGAACAAACUUUAAUUGAAACUGCGGCACGUUUAGUCAGUUUAGAGCUUCAUAUGGCACUGAAAAAAUCACUUAGAGGCGCAAGUAGAGCUUGUGCCAGCGUAUCAGUAACCUGCCCCGUAUGUAGACAUUUGUUGUCGCAAUGCACAGACUAUAUAAUUGUUUUCAAUUGUGGUCAUGGAUUUCAUUCAGAAUGUCUGGGAGAACCUAAAUCUUGUUAUAAAUGUUUAAAUUUAAAGGGAUGGGCACCUGUUGUAACUAAUAUCAUACAUACUACGAAGUCAUUCCAUGAAUAUAAACAAAUUCUACCACCGGAAUUUAUGCGCAAUAAAGAUUUUUCUUUAAGACUUGCACCACCUUCUUCUUUACCAGAUCUUGAGGGUAUUUUUUAA